AUGCCGCCCAGGAGAUCACACAAGAAGUCGAGAGCUGGCUGCAAGCGAUGCAAGUCGCGCAAGAUCAAGUGCGAUGAAGUUCACCCGAGAUGCGGUAAUUGCGUCAAGCACGGCGUACCUUGCGACUUUGAGAGCCCAGACGUCCUCGACGAUAUCCUCGUUGCCAUCACGCCGUCCAGCAGCACCUUGUCAUCAAAUUCUCCUGUCGACAGAGCCUCGUCCAUGGCACCCUCCCCCCCCUUUGCCGGUUCGAAUCGAGGCAAAACACCGUCAUCUGCGGGCUCGCCUCCUGUCAUGAACUACUCGCCGCUCUAUAUCAGACCCUCCACCGCUACCAUUUCUACCGCGACCACCUCCAAUAAUCGGCUCCUGGAGUUACGGUUGAUGCACCAAUUCACGUCGAUGACUUCCCGUACGCUGGUGGUUAACACGCCCGCCAUCUACGAUAUCUGGACGAAUACGGUCCCGAGGCUGGCCUUCGGUGGCGCCAGCUACCUCGCAGAUGCUAUGCUCGCCGUGUCUGCCUUACAUUUACGGUCCUCCAACCCGGAUGACAGGGCGCUCAUCAGAGCCUCGCACUCGUACAUGGCCUCGUCGCUAGCCGCGUAUUGUGCUUCUCUGCAGAAUGGCAUUACGGAAGCCAACGCCGAACCCCUUUUCCUGACUGCCGUUCUUAUCGCCUUUCAGUCUACCGCCUCUCGAAUCUUCAUUCGCGACGAAGCCGAUCCGAACGACCCUUCCAGUACCUACUCUCUGCCCAUUUCGUGGUUUCACGCAUUCCAGGGCGUCAAGACAGUUGUGGCGACGUCCUGGCCUUGGAUUCGGAACAGCAAUAUUGUCAUUCCCAUCAUUGACUCGCAGCCUGUCCUUCAGCUUGACUUGGAUGCCACAUCGCCAAACUCAUUCUUUGGGGGGCUCCUUGAUAACCUGGAAGACGAGCUGCAGGGCGAAGAUGACGUCAUGGCCAUGUCGACAAGGCAGUCGUAUCAGCACGCUGUUGCAGUCCUGAAUUGGGCACACAAACUGCCCCAUCGUGGUGCUGCCCUCGCUUUCCCGGCCACGGUUUCAAAACGGUUGAUCGACUUGCUGGAAGAGCGCCGACCUCGUGCCUUGGCCAUUCUCGCCAGUUUCUUCGCGCUGCUCAAGGGUUACGAGUCAGCAGUGUGGUGGUUAGACGGCGUCGCGCGCAGAGAGGUUAUGGGCAUUGUCUCGCAAUUCGAAGCCACCAGCCCCUGGUGGCAACACCUCGAGUGGCCUGUGAGGAUUGCCCUGUACAAGAGCUCCAUUAUCCCGCCGGAAAUUUGGGGAUCAGACUGGGUCACCGAAGAAAACAAAGCCGACAAGGGCCACAGCCUGACUACCGAGUCGUUCGUGAACCAUAUCGAAAUUUUGACGAGGACCAUUGCCAGUGCGCAACAUUUUUCGGUAGAGGGCAUGACCAUCCCGGCGCAUGCAAUGUAA